GAGGGGGACUCAAACUAGUGUAGGUCUUCGAGGCAGGAAAGGGACGUUGUGCGUGUGGUUACAUGGUAAUAUAGUGGUAGCCAGCCACAGAAACACACAGAAGCUGUAUAAUAGUGAACUCAGUCAUUCAGCUGUGAAGUAGUCUAAAAGAGGGCUACAGAUACAGCAAUGACUUCUGGAGGAGUGCGAGGCUACUUCGGUGGAAAGCUUUGAACUGUUCGCAAGGAUGGACAAACAAAAAGCUGUCUGUGUCUGGGCAAAAUAAAACAAGAAUGUGACCUCAACAGUAGCCCUUUCCUCCCAACCCAACAUAGACAGAUGUAGGCUACACACUGAUGCGCUGUGAUGAUUCUUGCCCGGCUCCUGUCAGACCUGCAGACGUUCCUGUCGGUUCUGGACAGUGAGAACCUCAGCUACAUCGCCCAGGCCCAGAAGAAAUCCAUCUCCGAGUUGCUGGCCAGACUGCAGGACAAGGAGCCAGCUGUUGAAGAUGCUGAAUACAUGAUCAUGAACUGCCCGUCAGGAGCUCCUAACAGUGAUCUCAGGGAAAACCAGUGCUCAGCUGGUGCUGAAGUGGACUCCUCAGAAGAGCUCCCAUCCUCAUCCUCUACAGAGUGGCUUCGGUCAGUGUCUGUGGGUCCACCCGUGCCUCCUCUCCCGCCUGAAGGUCCGGUGGAAGAGGACUGCUAUGAAGAAGCUGAGCCAUUUGUCCCAGCCAAUCACAUCACAGAUAAAGGGGACUCGGACAGCAGCCACUACGAGUCGUACGGCGAGGAGGACGACGGGGAGCUGGUGAAGGACAGGGCCCACUACAUCCAGUGGAGUGCCUCACAGCCCUGUCUGCGGCCCCUGCCCGAGUCGCGCAUCUGCGGGUACCUGUGGAGGAGGAAAAAGUGGCUGGGCCAGUGGACGCGCCAGCUCUUCAUCAUCAAACACAACCUGCUGCUGUGCUACAAGUGUGCUAAGGACCUGAACCCGCUGCUGGAGCUGAACCUGCUGGGCUGCCAGGUGGUCUACAAGUCCAGACACAGCAAGAAGAUGCAGCACGAGCUGAAGGUGGUGGCCGGCUCCGACACGGUCAUAAUGGGCUUCCAGAGCUGCCAGCAGGCUGAGGAGUGGAGGAAGAUCAUUGAGGAGGUGAGCGGCUCUAGCUACUGUGAGCCUGAGUCCCACGGCUCGUCGUCCAUGCUGAAGUCUGACAGGCUGGACUCCUGCCGGUCCAGCACGGUUCUGCACACAGACUCGGAUGACGAGAGGCUCUCUGCUCUGCCCUCAGCACCCAGCCCAGAGGAGAGCAAGGACAGAGCUGGCUUCCUGAAUGUGCUGAUGAACUGCCAGUGGCAGAGCCUGUGGUGCAGGGUGGAGGGCGGUGUGCUCAAGAUGUUUCGCGAGGAGGAGGAGGCCAGCGGUGGCGACUGCAGCGGCGACGGUGACGGCAGCCCCCAGUACAGCGUCCAGCUGCGUGGGGCCCAGGUGCAGCCAGGCCCGGACACGGCCUCCAGCUACCGCAUCAGCCUGCUGCAGCACGGCGACCAGGUGGCCGUGCUGGAGGCUAGCUGCUCUGAUGAGAAAGAGCAGUGGGUUCAACUUCUGCAGGAUGGGAGUGUUCCUCAAGGUCAGAGCACAGUCGACCCUUACCAUCAUCGCGCCAGCCAUGAGUCCUUACCACUGAGCGGGCUGAAGACACGAAGGUUCCCCACCUCUAACAUGUACAUGGACGACCCCUUCCAGCAGCUUGGUUCAGUCCACUCCCAGCCUAUCUACUCCAACACGUGUAUACUAGAGCACAUGUUUCAGAACUCCCAUGGCGGAGGAAAGGGAGACUGUGGGUCAUCGAGGAACUCGGUGAACUAUGGCAACAAUGAGGUCUUCAGCAACCACAGUCAGGGAUUGGGUGAGAUGGAGCGAGGUGUUCAGAAGCUGGACUUGACUGGGAAGAGGCGUGUUCAGCUCCGAGCGGGGUCAGAGGUCAAUCUCAUCAAUGCAGGCAAGCCAGCCAAGCGCACGUCCUUCAGACAGUCCCUGGCCUUCUGCACUGAGAGAGUGCAGGGAGGUUUCUUUAGUCCACUGCUGAGGAGAACUGCCUCUGCGAAACACUCCCUGAAACACGCACCAUCUUCCCUCUUCAUAGAACACGGCAAAGUCUUCCAGAAGAGAAAGGAGUGGGAAACAAAGGCCUCUACCUGACCUCCCCUGGCACUCACUUUGUACACAUUCCCCAUUUAAAGCAGUAUAUAUUGCACUGAACAUAUUAUUAAUGUGCAUGUGGAUCAUGCAUUUUAGGAUUUGUGUGGAUUUGUUUUGAUUUGGGUUUGGUUGAAUCUUUUCGUUAUUAUAUGGUUCAAUUGGUACUUUUGAUUAUAUAUCACAGACACUAUCUCUGUCCCUGUCUUUGUUCCCUCUCGGUUCUCCAACAGUCCCCACCACACACACCCCUCCGUACACCCUACAUGUAUGUCUGAUUUUUGUCAAAGCAGUUUUUGCUGUGAAAUCAUAGCCAGUUUUGUCAGAGCUCCCUACCAUUGGUUCAUUUUGUAUAGGAUGUAGUAUAGGAUGUAUAUGAUCUUGUCAGUUUGGUAAACAACUUUGCAAUUCAGGUUGGUGAUUAUCAGGUAUCUCUCACUGGUGUUACAUGUCUUAAUUUUUAAUUUGUUUAAAUACAGUAGUUCAAUGCAUUUUGACUUUGCACUGCUAUGGCCUAGAGUGGAAAUACAUAUUUAUGGUUAUGACGUAAGCGCACGAGAAAUCAGGAAGUAGAAUAUGAGUGUAAAAAUAAAGUGGAAUUGGUUGUGGAGCAGUUACCUCUUUAUUUCAAUGUUUGAUCUCAAUUCUGUGGUGUAAUUUAUCAGACUUCUGCAUUUUAACAGACAGCACAGUGCACAUAUUUUUAUAUGAUGACAUUUCUAUUGAAAUGUCUUUUUUUAAAUAACUAUAUUAUUAUUACUUCACUGAAAUGAUCACCACUGAAAACAACUCUGAACUGUUUGAGUGUUUCUACCAUGGUAAUAUUAGCUGCCACACAAGAGGAGGAUGUGUGUAUAGUAUGUAUUGUUUUGGUUGGGCUAAUCUGUAAUAUUACUUGCUGUAUAAACUGAUGUGACUGUGUUUGUUUGUUUUUUCAAAGAAGGUGCAUACACUAACUUGGCAAUUUUGCAUUGUUCAAUAAAAUAAACCAAUGCUGGAUGAAGCA